GGAGGGGGCGGGUUUAACAGUCAGCAGCAACUGUGUGCUGUUCUACUUUUUCAAGACCACAACGAGCUGCUUUCUGUCUCACUGUGCUGAUGUUUUUUUAAAGCGUGGAGUUCAUCAAAUUCACAAAAUGUACAGAGGACUGCUAUUUACAAUUGUGAUAUACAGUGUGACCGGGUUCAACAUUAAAAAAUCUCCCGUGAAGAAUUUCACAAAUGGCGAUCCACUCUUUGGUCAAACCAUUAUUCAAUCAACAGAUGGAGUUUUUGUUCCUUCACCAAAACUUGGAAAAUUGUUUAGAUGCACUCUAGAGAAUGAAUGCGUUGAAGUAAAUUCUGAUGAUAAAAAACCUAAAGGCCUGAGACCAGUAGCAUCAGUAUCUAGUCUGACAUCAGGAGAGGAACAACAUGUUAUGAUGUGUAAUCAAAUUCGUGUAAAGCAGUCAGCAACUGAGGAUUUGAACGGAGAUUGCAAACUAGUGGACUCCACUGGAAAAUUCAUUAAAAAAUUUAAUCCUGUUGCAUUAGUCAACAACAACAACAACAACAACAACAACAACAAUCAUUAUCAAGCUCGAUGGAUUGGUCAAGAUCAACGGAGAAUGAGAAGAGAUGCCCAGUCACACAGUGACACAAAAGAUAAAGAUAAGGAUUAUGAUGAUGCUGGGACAGAGAUUGCUUUUGUGCUGGACGGCUCUGGUAGUAUUGACCAUGAUGACUUUCAGAGAGCUAAAGACUUCAUCUACAAUGUCAUGUCCAAUGUUUGGAAAACAUGUUUCAAUUGUGAUUUUGCGAUAGUGCAAUAUGGUCUGGAGAUCAGGACCGAGCUCUCACUGCUAGACAGUAAGAAUCAUGCCAGAGCUUUGCUGAAGGUCAAAGAAAUACAGCAACUUGGCAUGCUCACAAUGACCGCCUCAGCCAUCCAUCAUGUCCUCACAGAUAUUUUCAUCCCUGAGAAUGGAUCAAAAAAGAACUCCAAAAAGAUAAUAAUUGUAUUGUCUGAUGGGAAGAUUUUGGGAGACCCAAUGAAACUUACAGAUGUUUUAAACAUGCCACAAAUGAAAGGUGUCACUCGCUAUUCCAUAGGAGUUGGUGAAGGUAUUCUGAAUGAUACUCAAGCAAUAAAAGAGAUGACACAAAUAGCGGAUCCUGAUAAAUUUUAUAAGGUUUCCAAUUAUGCUGCAUUAAAUGACAUUCUGUCAUCACUGCAACAAAAUUUAACAGGAAUUGAAGACAGUCAGCAAGGUGGAGGAUUUCAGUUCCAGCUCGCUGAAGCUGGCUUCAGCUCCCAUCUCAUGCAGGACAAUUCAUUUCUUUUUGGAGCAGUUGGAGCCUAUGGCUGGAGUGGUGGAGUCAUUUUGCAAUCUGAUAAAACCGUGAAAUUCUUGAAUGACUCUAACAAUGGACCCAAAUUUUCCUAUUUAGGUUACAGUGUCACUUCUGCUAAAGUAAGACCAAGUAAAACACUCUACAUAUCUGGUGCACCACGGUAUAACUUGACUGGUGGAGUAUUUAUUUUCAGUGGCUCUGAAAAGUAUGUGCUCCAGGGAGAUCAGGUUGGAUCUUACUUUGGAUCAGUUCUUUGUAGCUUGGACAUUGAUAGAAAUCAAUACACAGAUUAUCUAUUAGUUGGAGCUCCACAUUUCCAUCAAAGUGGGGAAGAAGGCAAAGUGCUAGUGUACAGAUUGAAUCAGGAGGACAGGUUUGAGAGUGUGGCCACGGAGCUGCAGGGUGAUACAAAACAGACCUUUGCUAGGUUUGGCGCGGCCAUUGCCUCUAUAGGAGAUAUUGAUGGACAAAAACAAGGAUGUUCUGACUGUUUUUCACCUAUUAAAAUCAAGCUGAAUUUUGCACUGGCUCAACAAAAAGAAGACCCUGUACGAAUUCUUGAUGCAUUUACUCUAACAGAGGUUGUACAGGAGAUUUCUUUUGAAAAAGAAUGUAAGACUACAGAUUGUAAACCAAGUAUUACAUUAUCUGAUUCAAAAAUUAGUGAAACUUUGAUCAUUAUCGGAGAAACUCAAAGCUUGAAUAUCAAUAUCAAUCUUACAAACACUGGAGACCCUUCCUAUAUGACCACCCUGACUUUGACCUUCCCCAGCAUACUCAGUCAGAGGAAAAUAGAAGGUGCCACCUGUCCUGUGAAGAAUGACAAUCAAAUACAAUGUAAUCUUCAACACCCUAUUUUCAAAAGUGGCACACAGACCAACCUUUUCAUCUCAUGGCAGCUCAGUGACACCAAAUCUGAGCUGAAGAAUUAUGGGAUUACUGCUAAUCUAACCAGUCAGAAUCUUGGCUUUGAAAUUCUGGACACUAAAAUAUAUGAAUUUUCUGUGAUGCAUUCCCUACCAAUCCAGCUAACUGGCACAGCCAUCCCAAACAGACUCCGUAUUGAAGAGGGGCAAAAAGUAGAAAAUCAAAAAAUGCAGUUUAUAUUUCAGUUUGAAGGUGAAAAUAAGUAUGGUGCUACAAUCAAAGUAGUUGUAAACAUAAUAAAGGACACCUUCAAAACGGAUUUGGAAAUCAUUAACGUCAAACCACAAGAGGAGUGUGUUUUUCCGAAAAAUACCAAAGUGGAGGGAAACUGUAUCAUCACAUGUAACAUGACAAAGCUGCAGAAAAUCAUCAUUGAUGCCAAUGUUUUGAUACAUGAUGUUCAGGAAAAAUCAGACAAGAUCACUGCCGUAGGAACAUACAGCUUUGAUGAGAGCAUCUAUGCUGCGAAGCAUACUUCAAGAACCAUUCCGGUGGAGGUGAUAAUUACGAAGCUGCAAGUGACGACAUCUAUAGGUCCCAUCAUUGGAGGAUCCAUAGGAGGAUUUCUGCUCCUUUUCAUCAUCAUCAUCGUUCUCAUUAAGUGUGGCUUUUUCCGUCGCCGCCAUAAAGUGGACCAAGCACAGAGUCCAAACUGAAGACUGGCAAAGCCCAGAAGGGACCAUAUAUUACCAUAUAUCUUGCUUAAGUUUGCGUCAAAAAAAUGUACUAUUAAGAAGCAGCUUUUUAAGGAUUUAUUGAAUUUUAUAUUGUAUAUAUUGUGAUUUAGAAUAUUACAUCUAUGGCAAGACACAUCUGUAAACCAGUUUUGUUGCAUGUAAAAAGGUAGCCUGUUUUCGUGGUUAGUUUUAUCUGGGCUGUGUUCAGCCCCAACAAAACGGUGCAAAAUGUUUUUUAAACAGAAACGGUGGUGCGUUGAACACCCUGUUCUGAUAACACAAGAGUUGCAACUAUGGCAGCUGAGAAGGCCAUGAUUUGUUUCUUUUUGAAGAAUUUACGGAGCCUGA